GCUGCGUCCCUCGGGCGCGGGGAGCGGGUGGCCGCGCUGACACCAUGGCUGUCGCCUACCUGCUGGGCAACGCGUCCGCGCCGCUGCUCGCCGGCGCCCUGGAGGUCCCGUUCGCCGCCAACACCUCCGCCUGCCGCCCGCCCGGGCCGCCCUGCCCGGCGUGGGGCAACAGCUCGGCGGCGCUGGGCUGGAACCGCUCCGAGCCCUGCGGCGGCGGCAAUGGCAGCGCGGGCGGCGGGCCCUGCGCGCCCGCGGGCGGCGGCCCCUCCGUGGUCACCGCCAUCGCCAUCAUGGCCCUCUACUCUGUGGUCUGCGUCGUGGGGCUCUUCGGCAACUUCUUGGUCAUGUAUGUCAUCGUCAGGUACACGAAAAUGAAGACUGCCACCAACAUCUAUAUUUUCAAUCUUGCAUUGGCAGAUGCCCUAGCCACAAGUACUCUGCCAUUCCAGAGUGUGAAUUACUUGAUGGGAACCUGGCCUUUUGGUACCAUCCUUUGUAAGAUUGUCAUAUCCAUAGACUACUACAAUAUGUUCACCAGUAUCUUCACACUCUGCACCAUGAGUGUGGAUCGCUAUGUGGCUGUUUGCCACCCAGUCAAGGCCCUUGAUUUCCGUACCCCCCGAAAUGCCAAAAUUAUCAAUGUCUGCAACUGGAUUCUUUCCUCUGCCAUUGGCCUGCCAGUUAUGUUCAUGGCAACUACUAAAUACAGGCAUGGUUCAAUUGACUGCACACUUACAUUCUCCCACCCUGCUUGGUACUGGGAGAACCUCCUGAAAAUCUGUGUGUUCAUCUUUGCCUUCAUCAUGCCAGUCCUGAUCAUUACCGUGUGUUACGGGCUGAUGAUUUUACGCCUGAAGAGCGUUCGCAUGUUAUCCGGCUCCAAAGAGAAGGAUAGGAACCUGCGGAGGAUCACAAGGAUGGUUCUCGUGGUGGUGGCAGUGUUUAUUGUCUGCUGGACUCCCAUCCACAUUUAUGUUAUCAUUAAAGCCCUGGUCAACAUCCCAGAAACUACUUUCCAGACUGUCUCCUGGCACUUCUGUAUUGCCCUAGGGUAUACAAAUAGCUGCCUUAAUCCAGUCCUUUAUGCAUUUCUAGAUGAGAAUUUCAAAAGGUGUUUCAGAGAGUUCUGCAUCCCCACUUCCUCAACCAUUGAGCAGCAAAACUCCACCCGAGUCCGACAAAACACUCGUGACCAUGCUUCCACUGCCAACACUGUGGAUAGGACUAACCAUCAGUUGGAACUUCAAGAAGCUGAAACCACUCCACUGCCGUGACAGGGUCUCCUGGUGCAUGGCUCUCAGAGCAGUUGCCACUGCCACAGAGUGCUAGUGGGAACAUGUAGGAUAUGCUUUCCCUCAAAAAAAUACCACAGAGGAAAGUGCCUGCUUUUCCAGUCUGUCAAAAAUUGAUUCUGCAGCACAUCUGCAUUGCACAUACCAGAAGCAUGAAAUGUAACAGCGAGCAGAGCCAGGAGAUACAGGGACCUUCCAGGCUCCAGUGUUCCAAGCAGUCCUGUUUAGCAGGAGCACAUACCUUAGUCUAAAACAAAGCUACUGUGCCUGUAGCAACCUGAUGUGCUCUUGGUAAGGUACAGUGCUGUUAAAACAGGUUGAAAAGAAAAAUUCAAACACUAGACAACUAUAGUUUGAAAAAUAAGGUGAGUUCUUGAGGAUGGAAAAUAAUGGGAUAAAAAGUUUUAAUACUGUUGAGUACACUCUAUUUACUCUUAAAAUUUAUUUGUAGAGGUGUUUUCUGUGCAGGUGAUUUGCGUGCUGAAGUCUCACAAGGUCAUGUAGAACAACACAUUUGUAAUUCAAGAGGUCUUCUCUUGUGAGGGUUGCAUGUUCUUCACUUUCAAAGGAAAUUUUUUUUUUUAGUGAUCCCUAAAAAAAAAAUACAAAAACAAAAAAAACAACCAAACAAAAAAGUUUUCAAGCUUCAUCUUCUGCUUCUACUUCACAUAUAUUAAAAAAGACUUUAAAAUCAGAAUAAUGAGCUAUCACUUUUUCUAAAAGAGAUGAGUAAAUGAAAGUAUUCUACAUUGUUAUUGAUUGUCAGAUGAUCCCCAAAACAGCAUAUAUUAACAUAAAUCUCUUUGUGAAUAAAAAUGUAGCUAUAAGCCUGUCAGAGCAUGCACAUGUCUUCUCUUUCAAGUAGUUUCUCAAAUUUCAGCUUCUCUGUCAGCAGCAUUUUCAAUUUGUAAGUAAACAACAGCCCCUAUAUGAAGUACUUGGAGCAGUUAGUGCAUUAGACCUUUUUUAAAGAAGAAAUUUUAAAAAACAAUUUGCUAGAUAUCUAUUUUUUCUUAACCAAACCCAUGGUGUGUUUGCUUUUCUAAUUAACAUAAAUGCAUCUGCAUUUUGUAUUAGCUGCUAAAACACAUUAAGAUUUCAGGAAGAAACAUUGUGCUGCAGCAAAUGCCUUCUUAGCUGUUUUCUAGUAUGAAAAUUAGAAAUAUCCAUGUAGAUAAUUUGUGGUGUAAUGUAUUUUCUAUACAUUGUUACUUGCUUUGUAAAUAAAUCAUCAGUAGCUGACUGGGGGGAAAUGUACUUUGAUGAAUUUAAGUGUAUUCUGAAAUACAACUAUAUAGAAUAGCGUGGGUUUUGUCUUUGUCUUUCUGCAGCCAAAAUAUAUUUCUUAUUUUCAUUGUUAAAUGUGUAAUAAUAGGUUUUAAUGUGAAAUUGUUUGUUUCUGCCAUAGACUGCAUAAUAAAGAUUGAAGACCAAAUCUUUGCAAGUUGUAAAUUAAAGGAUUAUUUGAGUUUAAUCACUGAGUUGCUGCUAAAUAUGUAGCAUAUAUAUCAGCAAACUAUGAAGCUAGACAUAAAAGAAGUGCCUUAAUUUUCUUCUCUUUCUGUUGAAAAUUCCACUGUGUGGUCAUAUGGAUUUAUGUUUAAUUUUGUGUUAGUUUAGCUGUAUCACCUCAUAGUUGUCAUUAAAGUUUAAACCAGAGUCAUCACCA